AUGGUCAUAAAAUUUUGGCACCAUCUGAAAGUGUUUUUUUUCAUUAAUUUCCAGCAAGUUGGUGUUCUUGGUCUUCUGGAUGAGGAAUGUUGGUUCCCCAAGGCGUCCGACAAGAGUUUUGUUGAAAAACUAGAAAAAGAGUUAUCCCAAAAUCCCAAAUUGAAAAAACCAGAUUUCAGAUCCAAUGCAGAAUUUUGUAUCAUUCACUAUGCAGGCAUGGUGGAUUAUAAUGCUGAAAAAUGGUUGAUGAAGAACAUGGAUCCUUUAAAUGAUAACAUCGUUACUUUGUUUCAAAAUUCAAGUGAUUCUUUUGUCUCUUCAUUGUGGAAGGACACAGAAAACAUUGUGAGUCUGGGUGCAACUGGAGGUUCUGACUCACCAUUUGGAUCAAAAGUCCGAAAAGGAAUGUUUAGGACUGUCGGUCAAUUAUACAAGGAACAACUUACCAAACUCAUGAAUGUAUUGUCGAACACCAACGCAAAUUUCGUCCGUUGUAUUAUUCCUAACCACGAGAAACGGGCAGGUAAGAUUGACUCUCACCUGGUGUUGGAUCAAUUGAAAUGUAACGGUGUCCUCGAAGGAAUUCGUAUUUGUCGUCAAGGUUUCCCAAACAGAAUUGCUUUCCAAGAAUUCAAACAACGUUAUGAAAUCCUUACUCCCAACUUGAUUCCUGAGGGAUUUAUGGAUGGUAGAAAAGCUGCCCAACAAAUGUUGGACUUUCUUGAACUGGAUAAAAACAGCUAUCGCGUUGGUCAAUCGAAGAUAUUUUUCCGCGCGGGAGUUCUCGCUAAGCUCGAGGAGGAUCGUGACACGAAGUUGACCGAGAUCAUUACGAUAUUCCAAGCAUUCUGUCGUGGUAACCUGGCCCGUAAGAACUACGAAAAACGAACUCAGCAGUUGAACGCUAUCAGAGUACUACAGAAGAAUUGCUUGAAUUACCUGAAGUUUCGUAACUGGCCUUGGUGGCGUCUAUUUACUAAGACAAAAAUUACGGUGGUUUUCAAUCUUGAUUUUGCUCCAUGCUUGUCGCACUCUAUAGAUAAAGUGCGAAAGAAACUAAAGAAACUUGUCUUGUUUAAGCAUCAGUAG